AUGGACGUCGAGGACGAGAUUGAGUCCAUCCUCUUCAUCAUAAGGGAGAUAUCCAUAUACAAGAUACCGCCCUUGAAAGUCAAUGCAGGCCAUCGCGCAAUGGAAUGGGGUGAUCUGAGCAAUCCUUUGUGGAAAGGACGUCUGAGAAUCGUGGAGAAGUCAUCUGGAGCAUCCCUGCUGUUUGAGGAUGCCCAGACAGUAUUCGCAAAGACUGCAUAUGAUCCUGAUCGCCCUUCUGUUGAAGCCGUGCUUGAUUCAUCACGAUAUUUUGUUGUUCGGAUUGAGGAUGCUGGAAAGAAGGCUUACAUUGGGCUUGGAUUUGCCGAGAGAACCGAUAGUUUUGACUUCAAUGUCGCCCUCCAAGAUUACUCAAAGCGCUACAGGGCAGCCCUCCAUCCGUCUCAUAGCGAGGUUGAAGAAAUCCCCUCCCCUCAUGUACCUGCUGGUCCUAAAAAGGAUUACAGCCUCAAGGAAGGGGAAACGUUCACGAUUGCUAUUCCAGGUAGAAGCAAACAUGUGUCUUCAGACACCAAUCUUCUAGGAUCAACGACACAGUCAUCAUCUCAAACCUCCGCUGGGGGCGCGUUUCCGCUUCUACCUCCUCCGCCAAGCUCGAAGAGACGGUCAUAA